CCGCGGCCGGUCGCGCUGUGGAGCCCCGAGGAGGAGUUGGACGGCUGCGAGCCCGAGUCCGAACGCGGCCCAGGAGGCGAUUCGUUGCCCGGCACGCCGCCCGAGCUGCCCGACGAGCUGCGGCGGGACUCCUUGGAGCUCAUCCUCCGGUACCUCCGGGAGGCGGCGGGAGAGGCCGAACCCGGCGUUAAGAAGUUUUUUCCGGGGCUCUUGGGAGGGCCGGGGCGGCCCGGCAGGACGGGCGGAGCCGUCAUGGAGAAAGCGCUGGAAACGCUGCGGAGGGUCGGGGACGGAGUGAUGCAGAAACACGAAUUGGCCUUCCAGGGUGCGUGGAAACGGGAAACGGGAGGGGGAGGAGGGAAUGGCCGUGGGGUGAAAACGAAAGCGGACUUUGUGCUGGGAAGGGCUGGGGGCGGCUGGGCUGGGCCACGCCGCGCCCCGGGGCUGAAGGGCGGCCGUCCCUGUGCUGGGGUGCUGCUGGGUCUCCUCACGGUGCUGAUGGGGCUCUGGGAGUCCCCCCUGUGUGGGGUUUGGGGGAUCCUUAAUGCGGUGUGGAGGGGUGGGGGAUCCUUCUGCUGUUGUACUGGGGGGUCUGGGGCUGCUCUAAUGCUGUGAAGGGGCUUUGGAGCGGCUCCCCGGUGUGGUAUGAGGGGUUUUGGGGGCUCCCCGGUGUGGUAUGAGGGGUUUUGG